AUGGAAGUGCCAAGUAGGAUUCUUUUAUUGAAUCUCUGUCUUCUGGCAGUGGUCACAGCAGCUCCAGAAUGGGACCGGAUAGAAUCGCUACCGAAUCUUACCGAACCUAUGCGCUCUAGUCAAUAUUCGGGGUACCUCAGUAUAUCAACGACAAAGCAGCUCUUCUAUUGGUAUAUAGAGUCUGAAAAUGAACCUGCCAAUGAUCCAGUGAUCUUGUGGCUGAAUGGUGGUCCUGGAUGCUCUUCUCUGGAAGGCUUGUUUGUGGAAAUGGGCCCAUUCAGGGUAAACAACUAUGGAGAAAGCGUCACCAGAAAUCCAUGGACAUGGAAUCGAUAUGCCAAUAUAAUCUAUCUGGAUGCACCGGCUGGAGUUGGAUUUUCCGUUCGUCUCGAUGGUCUAUGGAACUACACAGAUGCAGAAGUCGCGCAGGAUAAUUAUGCGGCUUUGAAAAUGUGGUUUGAGAAGUAUCCUGAACUAAUCAACAACGACUUCUACGUGGCAGGAGAAUCCUAUGGUGGGACUUAUGUACCAAUGCUCUCUGUCUUGUUACUAAACGAUACUAGCUUAAAUUUCAAGGGCAUGAUAAUAGGCAAUGGAUGUGUGGACGACGUUCUCAACCAAAAUUCUAUUGUAGAAUUCAAUUAUAACCAUGGAAUUAUAGAUGAAAGUUACUACCGUCAAGCCAUCACAAAAUGUUGCAAUAACGAUCCAGAUAAUUGCGAUUUCUACAAAAUGACGGUGAACGAGACAGGAGUCUGCUACAAUGAGGGAAAUAACCUCACAACGGCAAAUUUUAUGACUGGACUUGACCCAUAUUUUCUUUACUAUUCGUGCUAUUUGAACCCCAGCGAUGCUCCCACUCCAACCCAAGUAGCAGCUACCACAUUACGGACACAUUUCCGAAGGAUGAAGAAUUUAAACGCUCAACCUGCUUGUGCACACUAUAAUGACUCAACCGUAUACCUUCAACGCCACGACGUACGAACAGCUUUGCAUGUGGUUGAAACAGUACCACCUUACCAAAGUUGCAAUGAUAAAAUAGCGGAGAGCUACGAUUUUGGCGCAUCUCAUUUGCUUUCACAACACGAUAACGUCAAAGAAGUCAUCGAUGCGAACAAAACAGCGCUACUAUUCUACGGUGAUACGGACAGUCUCUGCAACGCAGUCCAUGGAUCGCAAUUUGCCGCCAAGCUUGGACUAGAAGAGCUCAACCCUUUACGCCCCUAUCACGACGAGAAACAGCUUCCUCCGACGAUUGGUCUUGUCACUCAAUACAAGGGUCUCGAUCUGCUUACAAUAAGAGGUGCUGGACACUUUGCUGCCUCGAGCAAUGAAAAACCAAAGGAAGCGUUACAAGUGUUCGUGAAUUUCAUCCGCAACCAGCCGUACAACACUUCAGUCGAUCACGACAUUCCCGCUUCACCGACUCCUCCUCCAUCAAUACCUGCAAACUGGGAUGCUGAUCCAUUCCUGAUCAAAAAUUUGCCAAAUCUGGAGGGCUCCAUGAAGUCUAAGCAGUACACUGGGUACUUGAACGUCAGUGAGACAAAGAAGCUAUUCUAUUGGUAUAUAGAAUCCGAAAAUGAUCCAGACAAAGACCCUGUAGUGCUGUGGCUCAAUGGUGGUCCAGGAUGUUCAUCGCUUGAAGGAUUGUUUAUGGAAAUGGGACCAUUUAGAGCGGAAAACUUCGGCUCUACUAUCACACGUAACAAAUGGACUUGGAAUAGGGUGGCCAGUAUCAUCUAUUUGGAUGCGCCAGCGGGUGUUGGUUUCUCUGUGAAUUUAAACUCGAACGGAACUCAUGCAUACACUGACGACGAAGUCGCUGAAGACAACUACUUGGCAAUCAUCGACUGGUUCAAGAAAUUUCCCGACCGCCGUUUGAAUGACUUCUACGUUGCGGGAGAGUCCUAUGGAGGUACAUACGUUCCUAUGCUGUCUGCUCUUCUAGUCGAUGACAAAGAGAAUUUUCCUCAGUUUAAAGGAAUGCUGAUUGGUAAUGGAUGUGUAGAUGAUCGUUUGAUGUACAAUUCACUUAUCGGCUACAACUACGAUCACACCUUCAUAGAUGAAAUUGAAUACCGUAAUACGGUUGAUUCCUGCUGCGACAACAACUCAACCUAUGCAUGCGAUUUCUAUGAAAUGUCUCUAGGAAAUGACAGUAUCUGCCGUAGUCAAUCUUUGGCAUUGAAUACGGCAAACGCGGCAACGGGCUUAGAUCCCUUCUUUCUUUACUAUACUUGUCGACUCGAUGAGCCUUCAACAACGAGUAUGAGCUCAGUGGUGCUGAGAACACAUUUCAGAAAAAUUGGCUAUGAGGAGGUCCUACCAUCAUGUGCACACUAUGAUGACUCAACUGUCUAUCUUCAAAGAGACGACGUUCGACGUGCACUCAAUAUACCUGACAUAGUACCUAAAUAUGAAAGUUGCAAUGAUGAUAUCGCGAACGAGUACGAUUUGAAAGUGACACACUACCUCAACCAAACGGAUAUUGUCAAAAAAGUCAUUCAAGCUGGCAAAAAGGUGGCUCUCUUCUACGGAGAUGUUGAUUCUGUUUGUAAUGCGAUUCACGGUGCACAAUUCGCAUUUAAUCUCGGUUUGAAGCAAACACAAUCUUUGGUACCCUACUUGGAUGAUCAACAAAAACCACCAACCAUUGGAUUCGUCACAAAAUAUGAAGGCCUCGACUUCCUGACUGUACGUGGAGCAGGCCAUUUUGUCUCAUCGACCAAUGAAAAACCAAAAGAGGCCCUGCAACUCUUUGUCAACUACCUACGUGGCACGAAUUACAGUACCCCUAUCGAUCUAGAACCUCCAACCGUAACAAUGGAGAAACUCUUGGAAUUGCCAUCAAUCGUGUUACGUCCGAAGUCUCGCUAA